CGCGUUAACUCUUAUCGCGUCUGCAUGCUGUGGAUAUACAUAAAUACCCAUUUACCACGGCGUGUUGCUUGCUAAUGUAAACAAUAACAUGCUAGCUGAGGAGUUAUCAGUAUAAUGCACUUGACAGUUGUUGGGUGUCGCCUAGUUUGUUGUGCAACCACACCCUCUCUGCAGUGUUUUGUCAAGAUGCUGGUUUUGCUUCUGAAAGAGCCAAGAGAUGGAGACUCUGGGCCUGAUCCUUACAUCAAGGAGCUGGCAUCACAUGGCCUGAAAGCGACCCUUUUUCCUGUGCUAUCUUUUAAGUUUGUCUCAUUAAACGCCCUGUCAGAUAAGCUUUUCCAGCCAGAGAAAUACGGCGGCCUCAUAUUUACAAGUCCGAGAGCGGUGGAAGCUGUGAAGAUGUGCAUAGAGGAAAGAAAAGAAGAAUGGAGCAGAUCAGUGAGAGACAAAUGGAACACAAAGUCCGUGUAUGUGGUGGGGAAAGCAACCGCCGCUUUAGUGUGCGGUAUCGGUCUAAACCCCCUUGGCGAGGACACGGGGACUGCAGAGGUGCUGUCGCGGGUCAUUAUUGAACGGGAGGACACGAAUAUUCCUCCACUUUUCUUCCCAUGUGGCUCCAUCAAAAGAGAAGUCCUGCCAACGGCAUUAAGGGAAAAUGGGUUUCCUUUAGAGACGCUGACUGUCUAUCAAACAGCAGGGCAUCCACAUGUGGAGAAAAAUCUUUGCAAUUAUUUUGCAGAGCAGGACCUCCCGGCGACCAUAGCUUUCUUUAGCCCGUCAGGAGUCAAGUUCAGCCUGAAGACCGUGCGGAGGUUAGCUGGUGAGCGGCUUGCACAAAUAAAGUUUGCCGCCAUCGGGCCCACGACGCGGGACGCCAUGUUGGCGGAGGGUCUGAGCGUCAGCUGCACUGCGGAGAAGCCAACACCGGAGCACUUGGCGGCGGCUAUGAGCAAAGCGCUAAAAUAACCAUCCAACCAAUCACAAUGGAAAUAAUAUUUGUUGUUUUUAAAUUGUAUUUAUUUGCCCUGCGUCCAAGUGUACAUAUGCUAUUUAUUGUUAUGCUUUUGUGUGGUCUUGUCCAAAGUGCGGCCUAGAGGGCCAUUUGCGGCCCGCGGCUAUUUUUUUAACGGCCCGCGGCACAUUCUAGAAAUACUAUUUAAAAAAAUAAAAAAAUAAAAAAUUGAAUAAAAGAGCAAAUAUUAUAAAUGUAAUGUGAAACGUUGCAAUGUUCAUUCUGAAAACACAAAUAUGCAAAAAAUAAAAAUAUAAUA